UUACGAAAAGGUCAUAGAAUACUAGAUGUGCCAGACGAAUAUUUUAUAAGGUCAGAAGCGCAAAGCAUUGCAUCCUUGUCCCUGCGCGAAGUCGAGAAAGAUGACAGCCUUCAGCCAACACCGAGAUCACCAUUACCAUUACCAUUACCGACUUUCAACGAACAUGGCCAAAAAGUGUUUGAUAGUAAAUCUUUGCGUAUCACUAAUCAACUCGACAUUGAGCUCGAGGUCGCCGCACCUUUGCACGCGAUUCCAUCUCUUUCCGUCACGCGCCCCCAAUCGACAUCAUCGCUGUCGUCAUCUUCAUUACUGCCAGAUUCACCGGCGACGCAAAAAACUUUGCGCAAAGUUCCUCGACCACCCCAAUUAAUAAUACCACCACCGCCAUCACCGAGCAAACUAAAGCCAGCACAUCUUUCUCAACAGAAAAGCUUCUCGUUCUUGAACAAUUCUCCCUCCGAGUCCUCUUCUACCGUUCAGGAUUAUCCUCCUACUCGGGAGGAUACGACCGAUACGCGGAGAUACACGCGAUCGACUGUGGCUUCAUCAGGGAGCACACUGAGUAGAGAUUCUUAUGAACGGACGUCUCCGAAUGGGCUCAGGUUGACGCCAAGAGCUAGCAUGCCAGUGUACACGUUGAAUUUGCCGCCACUGCCUAACAGUGAGCGUAAUUCUUGGGACAUUGGCAGGAGACGAGAAUCUCUUGGAAGCAUUCCAAGCGUAGUCA